AUGACGGCGCCGUCGAGCCCGAACCUCAUGCGGUUCGACGACGACGACGACGACGACGCGGCGACGGCAGCUGCGCUCCCCUUACCACUGACGCCGACGUCCGUGUCCUCUGCCGACAGCACCGCCUCCCGCGCCUCGCCGCCGCCUUCGCCCGUGGACAACGCGCCCCGCAGCGCCGCAGGAGACCACCACGCGCUGCACUUUUUCGUGUCGUGUCAGAACGUCGACGGCACUUCGCUCGUGUCGUCCGCGCGCUCGGCCCACACGAUCGUCCGGGGCGCCCUCAGCCGCCUGAGCAGCGCCGCGAACCUGAACAGCGCCAAGUCGCAGCGCGAGAAGCCGCCGACCGAAGUGAACGUUGAGGUACGCGUCCUCGAGGAGACUCUGGUGUCGAGUGCAGUGGCGGGUCCGGUGGUGCUACCGGUAAAACCGGUACAUACCGGUAUUACAAACGGCCGGUCACGGCACACGAGCGUCGCGUCCGAGACGGACGUGAGUGGCGACGGACGCGCAGAGAACGCACAGCCGUUGGCGCUGGCCACAGACGACCGGCUCUCGAGUCCGUUGUCGUCCGCUCCGAGUGACAGCUACUGGAGCGAACGGCGCAAGAGUCGCGAUCCGCGGUUUUCCGUGGGCUUUUGUGUCCAUUGCUCGAACGUGGCAGAGUUCGACCGCCACGUGCAGAUUUAUGUCAUGAUUCCAGACGAAGGGACGUCGUCCAAUCGGUACAGUCACGUCUUUGGCAAUGCGCUGACGUCGUUCCAGGAGAUGUACAGCGUCGCGAAAAGUGGCACGAGGAAGCGGGAGAUGACGCUGCCAGUCCAUUCGAGUGUGCUGGACGGCGCGACGGUGACGCUGCAGUUUGCCGACAUUCAGCCGCAGCAGCCCUCGCUGUUUGCAACUCAGCACAAGAUCUUCAAGAGCUUUUUGUUUUACCCCUUGAUGAAGGAAGAGCAUGCGGAACUGCAAGUUGCAGACGCAAAGUUAGCGGUCGAGGAGGCCACUGAAGUGGAGUUUAGUGUCAAGAUCCCGUUGCAACUGCUGCGAGUGUGUCAGUCGGAGCUGCUGCAGAUGUACGACGCGUGGAAACUGCGCUAUAACUACAAUCGCAAGCAACAUUGCUGUUUUGUAAACGAUGCAGAAGCGCUGAACUUUGGAUACGAUGUGUUUCGGGUCCAAGUAGUUUGCGGACGUGGAUUGAGGACACGAUCACGUGCUAGUUCUUCUACAACCGCGUCGAGUGCUGAGCAGGACAUGAUGAUUGAGCGUGGUUCACGGCCAUCGCGCACUUCGGGUUUCGCAAAGGGAUUGACCGGAGGCCGAGAAGGAUUUGUGUCUCGUAUAAAGGCUGGCAAGUGGGGGAGUAGUCACGCAUCUUCGUUUGCCAGUCAUUACUCUGACUUUACCGACACCGGAGGGGAAACCGCUAGCAGUAUUCACCCCUUUGUCGUUGUAAAGUAUGAAGACGGCAUGCAUGGCAAUCAGGAGUUCACCAUUGGAAAGACGAAUACCGAGUACGACGCUCCAGAUCCUGUGUGGUCAACAAACAAGUGUGCAGGCACGAAAUGUCCACACGGCAAGCCGAAUGAUAAGUUUUACGCUUCGACGACGCUGAACAGCCGCGUGGUCGUGUCUCCAGUAAACGCGUUGAAGCAGUUUUUGUUUUAUCGGUCAAGCAUGUCUGGCCAGCAACUUGUAGGAUGGUUGCGCUUCCAAGUCUAUAACGAGCAUUACAGCUACAUGAGUGGUAUUGAGAACGAAUUGAUUGGUGAAGUAAUUAUUCCGCUGCAAAGCGUACGCGAGGCAAUGACAGCCGAAGAAACAACUGUAUUCGACGACGAUGAGAGCGCCGAAGACAGCACCAUUGGCAAUCACGCGGCAAAAUCACACCAAGUCGUGACAUCUCUCACGCUUGUGGACUGGUUUGAUGUACGUCCGCCUUCGACCGAUGAGGUUUGUGGACGGAUUCAGCUCCGCGUCAACAUCUUGCUGGCAAAUCCACUCGAAGUUACAAGCGAUACCCUUCUGUCUCCUGCAUCGAGAACGUUAUCAGCCAAUUCGAGAAGGCACCGACGGGUUGCUGAUAGCUCGCCACCUCCGGACGAUAGCAUUAUUGAGAGCAAGAUCCCGCUGAACUUUUUGUAUCCACAUGUGCUGAACAUUCGUAAGCACUUGACUGAGGUUACCGAAAUGAUUCGACUUACGGAACAGCUGGUUAAGGAAGAGAGGACGUUCAAGUCAAGUCUACACAAAAAGCGCGCUGAUAUACAAGGCAUGCCGACGAACUUGCAUGUGUCGUACUUCCGCAUAUUUCGUCGAUUUGGAUCUCAAUCUGUGUCAAGCUCACGAAUGGAUCGACAAGCGACUGCACAAGACUCAUUUGACUUAGAGGACAGUAGUGUGCGCCGUUGCUCGUAUGAAACGAUAUCUAUACAAGAGCGCGUGGUGGGCUCAGAGACACAUGCGACUGUAACAUGCGGUGCUCCGACUGCCCAUGCCAUGGGGCUAAGGGAUUGCGGUUUGCGAGAAAUGGAGCUCGAGAUGCACAACUUUGUAGCUAUUUUGGAAAAAUGUAACCCGCAGCACACGGGAGGCCCGGUUGAGGACAGUAAUUGCUACGUUGCAGAAGACUCAUCGGAAGUGUAUUAUCCCCCUUUCGAAGAUGAAUGUGAGGCGGAAGUCGAAAAUGACAUCCUUAGCUCCGUCAGUAGCACUUCUUGUGACUCAGUUUCGGUCGAAGACGCAGAUAGUCCCACUGCUACUGCGCUUGCGUCCAGUAAACCUGAGCUUCGCAGGAAAACCUCGACGUACUCGGUCAUGGCUCGCAAAGCUGCGACUGUUCGAGCAAAGGCGAUGUCCAAUAAUCGUUUUGUCAAGAAGAGAAAUUCUCGACAGCUUGACCAGGUCAGUGAUGUCAAGACAGCUGCGUAUGCGAAAUACCCUCUGCUUCGUACCGAGUCAGCAGAUGGUGCAGACCCAACAACUUCCUUGCCAUAUGCUGUCCAAACCUUGUGUCGACUGGAAAUGCUGCAAGCCGAAUACUACAUGAGGAAGAGCGUAGCUGUCUCUCAAUCUGCGAGUAGUCUUGUCACCAGCUUUCUCGCAGAGCUGGACUUGUGCCUACAAGAGCGAAACGUAAAGGUGCUGGACCAGAUGGCAAAGAUUGGUUUUUUGAUCGGAUGGGAAAGCCUCAUUUCGUCUCAUGGAAAGGAGUUGUACAUGAUUUCCGACGCUUGGGUCGCCAUCAAAUGUCUCGAUACAUUCUCUUUUCAGCUUUUUGAAGGGGCUGACAUGGAAGUGGUGCUCGAAAAGCAAGAAGGCGCAGGCUACGUGAUCAAAGUUCCAGUGCCUUCGACUGAGUUUCCGCAACUCCCGGAGAGCUUGAGGAUAGGCGGAUUGAUUAGCGUCACGGCCGUGUUGUUUACCCAAGGCAUUAACGAGAUGCAGAGCUUGGCAAACAUGGUGGGACAUUCUGGGGUGUCGAUUCAGCGCACGAUAAAUAGCACCAGCCUCCAUACCAUUUCAGAAUACUACAGUCGCUUUACCGAUGUCUGUGGGACCGGGAUGUCCGAAGCGAGUGUGGGCUCGCAUCCGGACGAGAUCUUGCGUAACUUGCGCACGAGUGUGGAGUGCGAAAACUCGGCAUCAAAGAACACGUGCAUUUUGUUGCACGCCGCGGACGCAGUGCGCAGUCUCAAUGGCGGUCGAGUCACCUAUUGCAAGUCCGGCAAAGACCGAACAGCAAUGAGCACUACACUCGAACAGGCUAGACUUUUGGUCCAACGAAAACGUCACGUGCUUCAAGAGAUCGAGUCGGGAAGUGCCAGCGAGUACGGGCCGCUCGAAGAAGUGAAGGAAGUGGCCAAUAUUAUGCGCGAGUUUGGCGUCCGCAUCCAUAUCGCCAAGAAGAAUGUUGGCCGGUUCAAGUACUCGUUCAACUCAUUGCAGCGCAAGUUGCUGCCUGAGAUUUAUCGGCCGCCGAUGUCCACAAUACAAGAUAUGGUGACGUCAGUGACAACGCGGGAUUCCUGA